AUGAUCUCCAGCAAGCAGUCGCUUCGCAUGAAAAGAAAGGAUUUCUUUUUCUUAGGAUUGUGUGGAUGUGCGUGGUUUUAUAUUUACAUAUAUGUAAUCGGAUACAUUACGAAAUCGCUGAAUUUUGAUAUUUCACUAUCUAUCUAUCUAUCUAUCUAUCUAUCUAUCUAUCUAUGUAAUCUGUGUCCGUUUUUCUUUCUUUCUUUCUCGCUUUCUUUCUUUCUUUCUUUCUUUCUUUCUUACUUUCUUUUUUUGGAGUUUUUUAUAGUUUUCUUUCCUUUCUGCUCUUAUUCUCAGUCGUUUUUUAUUUUGCUUCCUUCUUUUGUUUUUCAUUUUAAAAUCUUUUUUAUCUUCCGUUCUUUUUUUUUAACUUUAUUUCUUUCUUUCUUUCUUUCUUUCUUUCUUUUUUUCUUUCUUUUUCUCUUUCUUUUUCUCUUUCUUUCUUUCUUUCUUACUUUCUUCUUGCGUUCUUUCUAUCUUUUUUCUCUCUCUGUCUUUCUUUUUUCUAUCUCUCCUUCUUUUUUCUCUUUCUUUCUUUCUUCUUUCUUUCUUUUCUUUUUUUCUUUCUUUUUCUUUCUUUCUUUCUUUACACUACCUCGCUUUUUUAAACAUUUCUGA